AUGACACGAGCAAAAGCGUUCCAGACUCCGCGAUUUUAUCUUGUAGCCGCCAACCCCGACCUGCGGGAUUGGAUCUGCGAACAGUUGGCAUCAGUGGACCCGGCGGAGAACAAAGUUUACAUGAACGAAUGCCUGCGUCUUCACCCGCCAUUAUCCAUAAUUUCUACAUCUAUUAUCAGCCCCGCCGGUGAGGACCUUGUCAUUGAUGGCCGGAUAGUUCACAUCCCACCCAAAACCCUUGCCGUCCCCAAUAUCACUACGGCAGCCACGUCCCCAAAGUUCUGGGAAAGCCAGCGCAACACCAGCUGGCGGCUUCGGCGUUUAAUCGACCCGGUCACCAAGGAGCUGCGCAACCCUUCCAGGCGAUGUCGACGCCUUCUUCCCCUCUGCGGCGGGCCCACGCGGCCGCAUCGUAAGGAGUUUGCCCAGGUCGAGUUCCUCGUCAUCCUCUCUGCACUCCUAACGGGGUUAUCGGACUGA